AUGAGGGUGGGAUGUGUGUGGUUGUGUUUCGCUGCUCUGUCCAUUGCCAGCGUCUUCGACGUCCAAGCCAGACUGGUUCGCAACCAUGUCAGCAACAUCUGCAGCACGUGGGGCAGAGAGCACUUCAAGACGUUUGACGGCAAUGUGUACCAGUUUCCUGGUAUGUGUGAGUACAACCUGGUUUCCGAUUGCCACGAGACCUACCAGGAGUUCUCCGUGCACAUGAAGAGGAAAGACAAAGAUGGAAACCCUCAAGUCAGUCACGUGGUGGUCACCAUCAAUGACCUUUUGUUCCACAUCACCAAGGACAUGAUCACUGCGAAUAACCUCCCUGUUGAAACACCUUACUACAAUGGAGGGGUCCAAUUGGAAAGUAAUCCCGUUUACAUCAAGCUCCAAUCUAAAGUUGGCAUCACAGUCAUGUGGAACAGGGAUGAUGCAGUCAUGGUGGAACUGGAUGCAGAUUAUGUGAAUCGUACUUGUGGACUUUGUGGAGACUUCAACCCUUUCCACAAUGAGUUUGUUCAUAAUGGUCGCGAAAUCAGCCCCAUUGAGUUUGGAAACAAGCAUAAAGUCCAUCGUCCCAACGAUGACUGCGAGGAUCCCUCUGAGGAGGAAGAGGAAUCCCUGGAGACUGUGCUGGAUUCAUGCAAAGAGUUUCAAACCACCUGUAACCAGAUGCUGCGUUCAGACCCCUGGAGCUCCUGCACCAGACGGAUUAACCCGGAGCCUUACAUCCAGGCCUGUGUGCAGGACAUGUGUGGAUGUGCCAACAAUACAAAUUACUUUUGUGUCUGCAGCACACUGUCUGAGUUCUCUCGGCAGUGUUCCCACGCAGGAGGGCAUCCUCCCAACUGGAGGACGCCUCAGUUCUGUGCUAAACAGUGCCCGUACAACAUGAUUUAUGAAGAGAGCGGUUCCCCUUGCAUGGAUACAUGUGCACUAGACACAAGUUCACUGUGUGAGGACCACAAAAUCGACGGCUGCUUCUGUCCUCCUGGAACUGUGUUUGAUGACAUUUCCAUGAGAGGCUGUAUCGCUCAAUCUGAAUGUCAGUGCAAGCACAACAAAAUCUAUAACUCUGGUGAGGUCUACCGACAGGACAGAGAGGAGUGUACAUGUGUUGAGGGUAGAUGGGCUUGUGAGAGCCUUCUUGCACCCGCUACAUGUGCAGUUGAAGAGGGUUCACACGUAACUACCUUUGACGGGAAAACCUACACCUUCCAUGGAGACUGUUACUACACUCUAGCUAAAGUGCAAAGCAAGGAUCAUGCGAGUCCAAAGUUUACCAUCCUGGUUCAAUUGGUUCCUUGUGCAAAUCAAGAAUUUGACACGUGUCUUAAGAGCCUUAAAAUCCUGCUGAACAAUGACAAGAACAACGUGUUAAUGUUCACUUCUGAUGGCACAGUGAAGCAGAACAUGCAGCUCAUCAGUUUGCCGUACCACUCAGGAGACGUCAGCAUAUUCCAUGCUUCCUCCUUUCACAUCUUGCUCCAGACCAGUUUUGGGUUGCAAAUUCAGAUCCAGCAUGUUCCUGUUAUGCAAGUCUAUGUGAGCCUGGAACAAAGCUACAGAGCAAAGACAAAAGGUUUAUGUGGGAACUACAACAUGGUCCUGUCUGAUGACAUGAAGACUCCUCAGGGGAUGGUUGAGGGAACAGCACUGAUGUUUAGUAACUCCUGGAAGGCAAACCUCAUGUGCAAAGACAGAGAGGAAAGACUUGAGGACCCCUGUUCCCUCAGUAUGGAGAACGAGUGGUAUGCUAAACACUGGUGUGCCUUGCUACUGAGUCCAGACAGCAAUUUUGCGGCGUGCCAUUCCGUGGUGGACCCUGAGAUAUACUACAAGCGGUGCACUUAUGCUAGCUGUAACUGUGAGAAGAGUGAAGACUGCCUGUGCGCCGUCUUCUCGUCCUACGCUCGGGCCUGUGCAUCAAAGGGAGUGCUCUUGACAGACUGGAGGGAGAAUGUAUGCGAUAAAUACACAAAGAGCUGCCCAACGUCGCAGAUCUUCUCUUACAAGCAUCAGAGAUGCCAGUUGACUUGCAGAUCACUGAGCACAAUGCAGCAAAGUUGCACUUCUGACUUCUUGCCUGUGGACGGCUGCUCCUGCCCUGAGGGUCUAUACCUAAAUGAAAAUGGCAUCUGCGUUCCCAUGGCAAAAUGUCCCUGCUACUACAAUGAAGUCUACGUCAAGUCAGGAAAGUCCAUCAGUAUCAAAGACGAGCACUGCGUGUGUACCAAUGGAAUGCUUCAUUGCCAUUCUUGGAGAGCCCGCUCAUCGACAUGCCCGUUUCCAAAAACGUUCUUCAACUGCUCCUCCGCGGGCGCAGCAGACCUGCAACUGCACUGUGCUCGAACUUGUUUGAAUCUGGACAGCGAUGAUUGUGACUCCACAGAGUGUGAAUCUGGCUGCCGGUGUCCAGCUGGCCUCCUUGAUGAUGGCAAAGGUUCCUGUGUGAAAGAAAAUCAAUGUCCAUGUCAACAUGAUGGGCACAUUUAUGCCCUUGGAUCACAAAUCGCUGAUCAAUGCAACACCUGUACCUGCAAAAGUGGAAGCUGGGAGUGCACCAAGAAAAAAUGUCCAGGAACUUGUGUUAUUUAUGGGAGUGGUCACUACAACACAUUUGAUCAGCGAACGUAUGGAUUUCAAGGACAUUGUGCCUAUGUUGCUGUGAAGAACAAAUGUGGCAAUAAAACCGCAGAGGAAAGCUUUGGGGUUAUCACAGAAAACAUUCCAUGUGGAACUACAGGCACCACGUGCUCCAAAACUGUCAGAAUCCAACUAGGGCGAAUGGAAGUCAAACUUUCAAAGGGUAAAUAUGAAGAGACCGACCUGGGACAUGGUGCUGAGAUCCAAUACAGGAUAAGGAGGGUUGGCUUGUACGUGGUGAUAGAAUCUGCCAUCGGUCUGGCAGUGAUGUGGGAUGGAAAAACAACUGUUCGCAUCAUCUUGGAACCCCACAACAGCGGAGAGGUAUGUGGCCUUUGUGGAAAUUUUGAUGGUGAUGGACAGAACGACUUCACUACCCAGGGCCAGAUGGUAGUGAGCAAUCCGUUAGAAUUUGCAAAUAGCUGGAAAGUGUCAAGCCAGUGCCCAGAUGUAGAUAUAGUUUCUGACCCUUGUGGAGUAAGACCCAAUCGACAUCAUUGGGCAAAAAUGAUGUGCAGCAUUAUAAUUGGAAAUACGUUCAAAGAGUGCCACAAUAAGGUAGCCCCCCUUCCAUUUUAUGAAAACUGUGUGAAAGACUCAUGUGCCUGCGACACUGGAGGGGACUGCGAGUGUUUCUGCUCAGCGGUCGCAGCUUAUGCUCAAGCUUGUAACGAGGCUUCUGUCUGUGUGGCGUGGAGAACACCGGAAAUCUGUCCUGUCUUUUGUGAUUACUACAAUAAGCCAGAGGAAUGCAAGUGGCACUACCACCCCUGCCACACACCUUGCUACAAGACCUGUUUGAAUCCAGAAGGAAUUUGUAGCGAACCUUUACCCAACCUAGAGGGCUGUUACCCCAAAUGCCCAGAAGACAAGCCCAUAUUUGAUGAGGAGACAGGCUGGUGUGUGGAGGAAUGUAAUGGAACAACCACAACUACACCAUCUACAACCCCAUCAAGUACAACAACUACAACAGAGACACCCACAACUACCCCAUCAACUACAACUACAAAAGAGACACCAACCACAACCGAGAAGCCCACAACAACCACAACUACACAAUCUACAACCCCAUCAACUACACCACCUACCACUACACCUUGUAUUCCAGAGUGUGAGUGGUCAGAAUGGUAUGAUGUGCAUAACCCACUACAGGACAAGAGUGACUGGGAAACAUAUGAAAACAUCUUAAAUAAUGGUAAAGAAAUAUGCAAAAAUCCAAAAGAAAUAGAUUGUAGAGCAACAGAUUAUCCUAACAAAGAUUUUGAGGACUUUGUGAGUCAGACUGGCCAAGUUGUUUCUUGUGAUUUGGAUUAUGGCUUAAUAUGUAAAAAAGAGGACCAGAUCAGACCUCCGCGGAAAUGUUUCAACUACAAGAUCAGAGUAUGUUGUGACAUGUGUUUAAACACAACAACCACAACUACCCCAUCAACUACAACCACAACUACAACAGAGACACCAACCACAACUAAGAAGCCCACAACAACCACAACUACCCCCACAACUACCCCAUCAACUACAACUACAACAGAGACACCAACCACAACUGAGAAGCCCACAACAACCACAACUACCCCAUCAACUACAACUACAACAGAGACACCAACCACAACCGAGAAGCCCACAACAACCACAACUACCCCAUCAACUACAACAACUACAACAGAGACACCAACCACAACUGAGAAGCCCACAACGACCACAACUACCCCAUCAACUACAACUACAACAGAGACACCAACCACAACCGAGAAGCCCACAACAACCACAACUACCCCAUCAACUACAACAACUACAACAGAGACACCAACCACAACUGAGAAGCCCACAACAACCACAACUACCCCAUCAACUACAACUACAACAGAGACACCAACCACAACUGAGAAGCCCACAACAACCACAACUACCCCAUCAACUACACCUACAACUACAACAGAGACACCAACCACAACCGAGAAGCCCACAACAACCACGACUACCCCAUCAACUACAACAACUACAACAGAGACACCAACCACAACUGAGAAGCCCACAACAACCACAACUACCCCAUCAACUACAACUACAACAGAGACACCAACCACAACUGAGAAGCCCACAACAACCACAACUACCCCAUCAACUACAACAACUACAACAGAGACACCAACCACAACUGAGAAGCCCACAACAACCACAACUACCCCAUCAACUACAACUACAACAGAGACACCAACCACAACCGAGAAGCCCACAACAACCACAACUACCCCAUCAACUACAACAACUACAACAGAGACACCAACCACAACUGAGAAGCCCACAACAACCACAACUACCCCAUCAACUACA